CCAUCGGUCUUCUUCUUCAUCCUUGUCCAGUUUUCUGGCGAAAGCAUCUCAACAGUAAAAAAUGCUUCUCAAGACGGUUUCUUCGUCUUCCGCUGCUCGUGAGUUUCCAUGGCGGAGUCAAAGGACGUUUCUCCUCUGCUAUCCUCAGCGAACCUUCCUGGAAAAUCUGAAAAUCUAUCCGUCUCUGUUCGUUUUCCAGCUGUUUGAGGAGGUUAAGAAGGAGCUCGAUCUCGUCCCUAGAAGCUCCCACGUCUCGCUCGGUCGUCAAAAGUACUCAGACGAGCAGAUCAAUGUGGAGUACAAUCUCUCGUAUGUGUAUCACGCCAUGUAUGCUUGCUCCGAUACGCAUUUUUGGUUUCAGGAACAUGGCAUUUCAAUCAAAUGCUUCUGGAACAGUAAAAGCGGCUUCAAGGGAAUUAAGGUCUCGCGCAGUGUAUCAACGCUAGUUUGUGGGGGGGGUGUUAGGGCAUCUGCAUCAAUGAACCUUAAGUGGUGUUCGUAACUUUAAUUUUUUAUUAUUUUUUUUUUACUUUUUCGUUUGAUUUAAAAAAAAAAAAAUUAAACAGACCAAUCACGGGCCACCACGUAGCGUGGGAUCCGCAAUACAGUGAUGAACCAGAUUUAUUGGGAUGCUGUUAAACAGAAUAUUUUAAUUUUUCUUUUUUUUUUUGGGAA